AUGGAUCACCGCCCGCAAGCCUGGGGUCGUCCCAGAGAUGACGUCUACGGUGCCUACGAUGCUUCCUACCUCCAGACCACCGGGCCCAAGACAGCGACACAAGCUCCCGUUGUGACCGGUACCUCCGUCAUCGCGAUCAAGUUCAAAGACGGCGUCGUCAUGGCCGCUGAUAACCUUGCCUCCUACGGUUCCCUCGCCCGUUUCACCGACGUCAAGCGCCUGCGCCCCUUCCUCUCCACCUCCAUCGUCGGUUUCGGCGGCGACGUCUCCGACAUGCAAUUCCUCGACCGCCACCUCAACGAGCUAGCCAUCGACGAAGCCUACGAACACGACCACGCCGAAACCCCAUCCCCAUCCGACGACUCAACCACCACCACCCAACCCCCGCGCGGCCAACUCAACGCCGCCAACCUGCACAAAUACCUCUCCAAGCUCAUGUACCGCCGCCGCAGCGACUUCGACCCGCUCUGGAACCAGAUCCUCGUCGCCGGGCUGGACUCGGCCUCUAAGCCCUUCCUCGCGUCUGUCGACCUGCGCGGAACUACCUUCUCCUCCCCUUCGCUGGCCACCGGGUUUGGUGCGAUGCUCGCCCAGCCCAUUAUGCGGCGUUUUGCGGCGACGGAAGAGGAUGCCGCGAAGCUCACGCGCGAGCAGGCUGUGGAUGUGGUCAAGGAGUGCAUGAAGGUGCUGUUUUACCGUGAUGCGCGCUCGCUGGAUCGGUACAGCUUGGCUGUGGUGACCAAGGAUGGGGUUGAGCUGCGCGAGGACGAGCAGCUGGAGAAGCAGAGCUGGGCGUUUGCUGAGAGGAUUCGUGGAUACGGUACGCAGACGGUGUAA